AUGUCCCGCCUGCUGCCUGCGGAAGAGUGGGCCGGAGUGAAGGAGUUGGGGGACCGCCAUCGCCAGCCCCAGCCGCACCAGCUCCCGCCGCCGCCGCCGCCGCCGCCGCCACCUGCGACUCUGCAGGCGAGGGAGCAGCCCGUGUACCCGCCCGAGCUGGCCCUCCUGGACAGCAGCGACCCACGCGCCUGGCUGGCUCCCGCCUGGCAGGGCAUGUGCACGGCACGCGCCGCCCAGUGCGCGCUGCGCCCCCCGGGGCUGGGCGCAGCCGAGGUCCCCGCGCCCCGGGCCGAGGCGGACGGCCGCGGGGAGCCGGUGCGGAGCGGCUGCGGCGACAGUGGCAGGAGCCCCGGGCCGGUGAGAGUGCGCGAACAGCUGUGCAAGCUGAAGGGCGGCGUGGAGGCGGAGGCGCCGGGCUGCGGUCGCCAGCGGGCCCCGGGCAGCAAACAGGUGAACGGGGUGCAGAAGCAGAGGCGGCUGGCGGCCAACGCCAGGGAGCGGCGCAGGAUGCACGGGCUGAACCGCGCCUUCGACCAGCUGCGCGACGUCAUCCCGUCGUUCAACAACGACAAGAAGCUGUCCAAAUACGAGACCCUGCAGAUGGCCCAGAUCUACAUCAACGCCCUGUCUGAGCUGCUGCAAACGCCCGGCGGCGGGGACCAGCCACCGCCACCGCCGCCGCCGCCGCCGGCCUCCUGCAAAAGUGACCAGCGCCACGUUCGCGCCGCCGCCGCCGCCGCCACCGCCGCGUACGAUGGUGGCGCGGGCACCGUCCCCGCAGCGGGGGCCCCGCCGGGCUCCGCGGGGGGCUGCCGGACCCGCCUCUCGGCCCCGGCCGCCGCGGGAGGCUACGCGGUGCCGCUGGGCGCCCUGCACUUCCCGACUUUCGAGGACAGCGCCCUGACGGCGAUGAUGGCACAAAAGAAUCUGUCGCCUUCGCUGCCCGGGGGCAUCCUGCAGCCGGUGCAGGAGGACAGUAGCAAAACUUCUCCCCGAUCCCACAGGAGCGACGGGGAGUUUUCCCCCCGUUCCCAUUACAGUGACUCGGACGAGGCGAGUUAG